AAGAUCCCCGAGUCCUGGGGAACAUGCAAGAGGUCGGACCCCAAGUUUGACGAGUGCCUGCGCGGCGCCAUGCAACGUGCCAUGACAGCACUCGAAAAGGGAAAUAGCGAGUUUGGCAUUACACCACUGGACCCAUUCAAGGUGUCCCAGCUGAACCUUGAGAAGGGCAAUGGCGGUGCUCUGUCCCUGGACAUGACCCUCUCCGAAGCCGAACUCGUAGGAUUCAAGAACGCCAGAGUGGAAAGCGUCAAGACUGAUAUGAACAAGUUCAAGAUCGUGGCCACCAUGAGGACCGACAAGCUCGACCUCAACAGUCUGUAUAAGGUGACUGGCAGGGUUCUGGUCAUCCCCAUCAACGGAAACGGCAAGACCACCAUCAAAAUGCAAAAGCCGCUGCUCCGACUGUCCAUGCAAGGAGGUUUGAAGAAGGGUGAUGACGGCAAGGACCACCUGCACAUUGAGUCCACCACCUUUGAGAUCAUUCCAGAGAAGGCGACCUUCAAAUUCGUAAACCCCGCUCACGCCGUCCAGGCCGAUCUGCUCAGCACAAUUGUGUCUGAAAACGACAGAGUCAUCAUGGCGGAGCUCCAGCCCGCUAUCUCUCAGGCCUUCAACAAACGACUUCUUGAUGUCACUAAUAGGAUAUUUGAAAAGGUCGCAUUUGAGGACGUGUUCCCUCAAUAGUAAAAUUAGAGUUAAGAGUUUUUGUUAUAUUUAUAAGAAUUGUUAAGGACCAAAAAAUGACAAACCACCGCUGCCAAAUGAAAUCCGCGGACGAUUUGGGAAUUCUAAAGUAUUUAAUUGUGAUCAAAUAUUUAAUGUUUGGCUCAUGUGGUAUCGCAGACUGUUAAUUUUAAUGAAUAAAACGACAAGUGUUCCUA